AUGGUUUCGAAAACCAAGCGAGUUGCUACUGCAGCAUCAAGAGAGGCAGCUACACGCAUGAGUGCAGCCGGGAAAGCUAUCUCUCACACCUCAGCGGCAGGUGAUUCGUCGCCUGUUGUUGUGAACAGUCCACGUGGUGAGUCACCACGUGCGACAGGUACAUCCGUUGCGUCUGCAGCGGGUACCACGAGUCGUAAUCAAGAUGAGUCUGAGAUAGAGCUCAUCUAUUCUGGCGAGUUGGAUGGUUUAUCCGACUCGAAGGCGACACCUCACGCCUCCGGAUCACCCGGGAUGGACACUGCAAGAGCCAGGUUGACUGGCUCUGGUCAACGUGGCGGCAUCAUGCUCGAGAUCUCCGGAUCGAGCGAUUGUUCCGACGAGUUCUCGCCUCACGCGAGUCCAUCCGACGAUAGGACGCGUGGGGUUGGUGGUGAUGCACCUAUGCAUCACCACGAGCGAAGUAGCUCGAGGGAUCGAGCUGUCACUGGUGUUAGUGCUCAUGCUGGCACCAAUCAAGAGACCAGGGACCGAAAUGUCCUGCGCCACGCUCCUCAAGUGGAGUCUACGUGA